CAGCCCUUGACUCCAGACCUGUGACCUCUGACCUCCCCCCGCCCCCAUCGACGUAAAUUCAGCCAUGAGGUGGCGCUCUUCUUGUGGUUCUCCCUCCCCCCUCCUCCUCCUCCUCCUCUCUUUCCUCACCCUGUUGGUCGGGAGAGAAACGGUGUCGGGAUUCAGGAUCUGCUCGUACAACGUCGAGAAGCUGAACAUGGAGAAAGCUUCAAACUACAAACUGGUCAACACUCUGGCCAGGGUGGUGUUCCGCUGUGACAUCUGUCUCCUGCAGGACGUGGUCGAUCCCGACGGGAAAGUGGAGAAGAAGCUGCUGUCGACCAUCAACAGGGAAUCUCACAGGUUUGGCAACUACGUCUACAAGUCAGUGUCCAGCAAAGGUCUUGGACGGUCUGCAGGCGACAAGAGGAACUUCGUCUUCCUCUACAGGACGGAGACGGUGACCGUGGUGGACAAGCAUCAGUACGAGACCAAACCUCCGACCUUCGCCAGAGAACCGCUCGCUGUUCAGUUCCAGAGCCGGACGACACUGAUCAAGGAUUUCAUUCUGGUUCCCGUCCACACGGACCCGCCGCACGCCGUCCAGGAGAUCGACCGCCUGUACGACGUCUUUCAGAAAGUCAGUGAGAAGUGGAAGAACAAGAAUGUGAUGUUCCUGGGAGAUUUUCAGGCCGCCUGCGCCCACAUGACCCGAAUCAACAAGAAGAAGAUCAGACUUUUCACCAACUCAAACUUCACGUGGCUGAUCGGAGACAAAGUGGACACGACCGUCUCAGAAGACACCAACUGUGCAUAUGACAGGAUCGUAGUUCAUGGGAAAUCUUUCCUGAAGGCCGUCGUUCCGAUGUCGGCGAAGGUCUUCGACUUCAAAAAGGAGAUGUACCUCACCAAGUCUAAGCAGGUGAGGGAUCUGAGCGACCACUACCCUGUGGAGGUGGAACUAAGAGCGAAGAGCUCCGCCCUGCUCCUUAAGGCCACGCCCUUCCUGAUCCUCCUGAUGGCCUUCGUCCAAUUCUUCCUGUGAUCGUACAGUUUUCACGUUAUUCAGACAAAUUUAGAAAGAAAGAAACAUUUAUUUAAGUCACGUGACCAAAGUAAAUCUGAUGCUGGAAAAAACUGGAAAAAAAAGUUUUCAUCACAUUGAGGUUAAAGAUGUUUUUAGGAUGUUUGGAUUUAAAUUGCAAUCCCACUUUAUUUAGCAGAUGGGUCCAGAGGUCAGAGCAUCAUCUCAUGGUCCCUGAGUUUAUUACAAUAUAAUGAACUCAGAGUUUAACACAUCGUCUCCUUGUCACUUCAGUCUUCAUGUAUUUUUAACCAGUCAGAAAGAAUUAUUUUCAGUGAUUCAGAGAAAACUGAGUCGAGCAGUAUUUUGUUCUGGCUGCUGUGAGCUCUCGUCACAGCACCACCUACUGGUGGAGGCUGCUCAUCACAGUUUGACAGCUAGCCAUCCCCUCCUGACUGUACGUGUGUACAGUUCAUGACUCAUCGUUUAAAUAAGUGUAUUUGGAUUUGUGUAACAGGCGAAUCUGUCUGUUUUGAUUUUUUAAAGAUCUAAUGUGAUAAUUUCUCAUCGUCUUUUCGUCUCUGCAGGGAAACUGAUGUAAAUAUCUUUGGAAAAUGAGAUUUAUGGUUUUUAAUGUUUGGUAACGUUUUGUAUGUUGAAGUUCUUGUUAUUGUUGUCUUUUACAAAAUAAAAUGUUUGUCAUAGGAAGUUAACUAUAUAUAUAUGCACACACACACACACCUGAGACUGGCUCCUGAUUGGUCGAUGUAUCUAUGACCACUGCUGCACAGACUCCAUGACGUCACUGGUGCAUGAUGGUGUCGGCCAUCUUCAUUUACAGUCUAUAGUUUCACCACGAGGCGCCGACAUGGAACUUACUUCUUUGG